GGCGCCCGGGCGUGGUGUCCGCGGGCCCCGCCCACCGCUGUUUUCCGCCGCCGGGCGCCAGCCGCGGCCGAGGCCCGAUCGCUGACCGACUGAGCGGACGGCGGGCGCUUCGCUGCGGGCUGUUGGCCGCGCGGGCUGCUGGGCCACGCACCUUCCUGCUCUUCGGCUCAGGCGCCCUUGGACAUGGUGGCUCCCGGCUCGGUGGGCAGCCGGCUGGGCGCGGUGUUCCCGUUCCUACUGGUCCUGGUGGACCUGCAGUACGAAGGUGCUGAGUGUGGAGUAAAUGCGGACGUAGAGAAGCAUCUUGAAUUGGGAAAGAAAUUGCUUGCAGCUGGACAGCUAGCCGAUGCUUUAUCUCAGUUUCACGCUGCAGUUGAUGGUGACCCUGAUAACUAUAUUGCGUACUAUAGGAGAGCUACUGUCUUCUUAGCCAUGGGGAAAUCUAAAGCAGCACUGCCUGACUUAACGAGAGUGAUUGAAUUGAAGAUGGACUUUACUGCAGCAAGAUUACAGAGAGGGCACUUACUACUCAAACAAGGAAAACUUGAUGAAGCAGAAGAUGAUUUCAAGAAAGUGCUCAAAUCUAAUCCAAGUGAGAAUGAAGAGAAGGAAGCCGAGUCUCAACUUGUAAAAGCUGAUGAAAUGCAGCGCUUGCGCUCCCAGGCGCUUGAUGCCUUUGACAGCGCCGAUUACACUGCUGCUAUAACCUUCCUUGAUAAGAUUCUAGAGGUUUGUGUUUGGGAUGCAGAACUGCGUGAACUGCGAGCAGAGUGCUUCAUAAAGGAAGGAGAGCCCAGGAAAGCGAUCAGUGACCUAAAGGCUGCUUCAAAGCUCAAGAAUGACAACACAGAGGCGUUUUACAAAAUCAGCACACUCUACUACCAGCUAGGAGACCAUGAGCUGUCUCUCAGUGAAGUUCGUGAAUGUCUGAAACUUGACCAGGAUCACAAGCGGUGUUUUGCACACUAUAAGCAAGUGAAGAAACUUAACAAGCUGAUUGAGUCAGCUGAAGAGCUGAUCAGAGACGGCAGAUACACAGAUGCAACCAGCAAAUAUGAAUCAGUCAUGAAAACAGAGCCCAGUGUUGCUGAGUACACAGUCCGCUCAAAAGAAAGGAUCUGUCACUGCUUCUCUAAGGAUGAGAAGCCCGUUGAAGCCAUUAGAAUAUGUUCUGAAGUUUUACAGCUGGAACCCGACAAUGUCAAUGCUCUGAAAGAUCGAGCAGAGGCCUAUUUGAUAGAGGAAAUGUAUGAUGAAGCCAUUCAGGAUUAUGAAGCUGCUCAGGAACACAACGAAAAUGAUCAGCAGAUUCGGGAAGGUUUAGAGAAAGCCCAGCGGUUACUGAAACAGUCACAGAAACGAGAUUAUUAUAAAAUCUUGGGAGUAAAAAGAAAUGCCAAAAAACAAGAAAUCAUUAAAGCAUACCGAAAGUUAGCACUGCAAUGGCAUCCAGAUAAUUUCCAGAAUGAAGAAGAAAAGAAAAAAGCGGAGAAAAAGUUCAUUGACAUAGCAGCUGCUAAAGAAGUCCUCUCAGAUCCAGAAAUGAGAAAGAAGUUUGAUGAUGGAGAAGACCCUCUUGAUGCAGAGAGUCAACAGGGCGGUGGUGGCAACCCCUUCCACAGAAGUUGGAACUCAUGGCAAGGGUUCAAUCCCUUCAGCUCAGGCGGACCAUUCAGAUUUAAAUUCCACUUCAAUUAAAGCAGCUGUUUUACUGCUCCCUUCUUUAUCAUUAUUUUAACAUUAAAAACAGAUUGUGUUUGGGAUUCUAAUGGAAACAAAAUGGAAAAAAUCUUUUAGUUUAUCCAUAACCAAAGAGUUGUUUUAAAGAAAAAAGCUGUGUUUACUGUAGACUUAAGGUUGACGGGCCUGUCACAGUGGGAAGCAAGGAACUGUAUUUCUGACAAGGCAGCCUAUACUCAGUUUGUGACUUCUGGGAGAAGAGGUGAGGUGUUUACCCUAUGGAGGUGUUCAAAAGCAUUAACUAUCCAUUUGGCACCCUGGAGCAGACAGAUUCUAUCCAGGCUUGUGUACUGACCUGAGAGGAGCUGUGGUCCUUGGUGGACUGUGUCUCAGUAUUCAUAAGGAGUGUCAACAGCUCGGAGGAACGCUUAUGCUUAGACUGUGGUCAGUCCAUUCACUUGCAAGUAUCUCUGCACCAGUGUCAUCAGCUCUCACUGCAGGAGGGGAGAGACCAAGACUGUCUGACCAGCAGGUGGCAGGUCAUAUGUCCAGGUGAAGACUGAAGUAUUUUUGUUGUUAUUUUAUAUCUACAGGAGAAUACCAAUUUCACUUGAAUUUAGUUGUUAAGCUAAACAGGGUAAGUUAAAAUAUAUGAAAGCAGCUCUGUGGUAUUUUAGACAAGACUGUUGAAAGCCAGUUUGAAAUACUUUUUAAGAAAGCAAAGUUCCAAGUUAUUUGGUAGAAAUGUCCUCACAACGUUGGUUUAGACAUGGAAAGUUGCUCUGUCAACAUGAGCAGAGCAUUACGGUUGCCUUUUGUGAGGUAAGCGGCAUCUCCUCCUCUUACAUGUUUAGUCCAGCUGUCUUGGUUUUACUGUGUGCUGGGGUUUGGACUGGAUGUUCCCUGGUUGUUUAUUCUGUGAGAAGAAAGUAGAGUCUUGCAAACCCAUUCAACUCUGGCUGUGUACCUUCUAUCAUUCACUUAAUAAGAUGGCAUUUCCUCCUGAAACAUUCCCACCCCUCUUACUUUAAAUCAGAUACUUCUUCAAGAAAUGUACUAGUCAGUAUUUGUAUACUGAAUAAUUUUUGCCCUAAAAAAUCUGUUGCUAAAUCAAGACUAUUGAAUAUUUAUGGAGCUACUGAUGCUGUAUUGAAAACUUAAAAGAAUUACUUUGGUAAGAAUUAUCACCUCUAUUCUAGAAAGCUUUUAUUGUUGUUGUUAAAAACAUUGAGAUAUUUUAGGCAUAAAGGUCUAAUAUAUUGCUUUUAUGAAAUUAAACAUUUUAGUUAAUUGUGGGAAGGAAACAUGAAUGUAGCAGCCAAGCACAAAUCAUUUUCUUAACCUAUAGUCAUCCUUGAACAGAUAUAGAAAAAGAUUUUGUUAACUGCAAGAACAUGAAUUACAUAGUUGAGUUGGGCAAAACAUUUAAGUGCUUUUUGCCUCUCCUUAGGAGCCUGUUUCUUACCAAAACACUUAACAGUGCAUUUUGAAAUACCUUUCAACUUUCAUUUUGCUUCAGUGUCUCAAAAUUCAAGGCUGGCAAGAAAACUCGAAGCUUUCAUCCUAUCAGGAGAGACAGGCGGAAGCAGGUGGAUUCUUAAGAGUUUAAGCCAGCUUGUUUUACAUAGUGAGUUCCCUGCCGGGGCUUCUUCAAAAAUAUUAAAUCAGUUCAAGCCAGUAUAAAACAUUGAAUGAAAAAUAAAAAGCAUUUUUGUAUGUUUUUCAAAUUUUAGUAAUCUUACGUUAACUACUUACUUUAUAUAGUUGUCUUUCAGUCUGACUCCUUUUGUGAUGUUGUCACUGACAGUUGUGAACUGGAGUGACGGCAUCUGUGAGCUUUACCAAGCCCAGUGUCCACUAGCAGGGUGCUUACACUCCCACUGAGAGCGCUGGAGAGUGUGGAGCCAGAGGGAUGCUGACAGGGUUGAAGGUGUGCUGCACAGCACGGGUCCCAGAUCUACCUGCCUCCUAACUCACUUCCCAGAGAGGUUUUCUUUUUUCUUUCCCCAAGCAGCCGAGGAUUAGGCUUUGUCACUGCAAACUUUGGUACCAAAGGCAGAUGUUAUGGCAGGAGAUGAGGUAGCUCUCUUGUGAGAGGUGAUGGGAGAUAAGGAUGUCCUGUCCCGGAUGCUGUCUGUCAGCUGUCUCCAGUGUCCAGCCUGUCCCAGAGGAGUCACAGUGUAGCAACAGUGGUUCCUGCUACCUGCCUGACGUUGACCCACAGUACCAAAAAUGUAUUCUCUGCCUCUUUCUUCUCUUACUGCAGAGCUACUUCUACAUCCCAACAUGUGUGUUUAGGAACUGCAGGUGACCUUUGUGGUCCUUCUGGGGAAAUAGGACCAGCGUUCAGUUCACCUUGGCUGAGUUCUGUUCUCUUCACAGAUGGCCCUUCCUUCAUGGUGCACUUCUUAGUGCAGUGUCACUGGGCUGUGUCCAGAGCUCAUCGCUCAGGAAGAAGGAAAAGCAUCUGCUUUGGGGCCCACUCCUUUUAUUUCUCAGUUCUAAUACUUUACUCUUUCUUACUAUGAAUAGAAGAAAACCUGAAAAAUAUCUCAGUAGUUUAUGUGAAUUGGAUCUGACAUCUUAAUUUUAAAAUAUCAGUAGUCAGUGUUAAAAGUCUGUUUUUAAAUAGCAGUAUGCAGAUUUGUCACUGGAGUUCUGAUAAUGAAUGGAAUUAGAAUUUUUAUUUUAAAUGUAAGCAGGCAUGGUGGCUCAUGCCUGUAAUGCCAGAAUGUGGGGCUGCAAUAUAGCAUGUCACUGUGACUUUAGGUAGGUCCCACGUCAAAAUUAACAAAUUUAAACACAUAUCCCUAAAAUGAGUAUGAGAGAGGAUUAUGGAUAACUAAGUAAAAAAUGUCAGUAGUCCCCAUUAUCUAUGCCCGGGUCAGAAGCUGGCAUGUAGACUUGACUCUGCAGGCCCUGCGUGUGCCGACCUGCCUUACAGAUACAUCCCUGGGUAACUGGUGAGUGAAGACGGGUUUCUUGACUGUACUUGACUUUGCUGUAGUGAAGGAAGGAGAGGAAACGGUGAUCUCUAAGAGCUAAUCUUUUUCCAGAUCCUAUCAGUCCUUUUCUAUUAGUGGCAGAAUUUAUUCUGUAAUUUCAAAUGAUAUUAAAAGGGGGAGGUAUUUUUUUUAAACAGAUGAUCUCAUUUGCUGAAUGAUUUAAGAGUAAAAUUAGCCACUGCGUGGCUUUGUGUACAGUAACAACGGGCUAUAUUGUACUGUCUGUGGUUGAAAUACCUGUGCAAAGAAAUGCAGGGCACAGGGGAGGUAAAAAUUAGAGAUGUUUGGUAACUUAAAUUAUUACUCCUAAGUUUAUAUUUGUUUUAAAUGGGCCAAGCCUUACUUAAUCCAUCUCAAUUUAGUGUUUUAAUAAAAAAGGAACUAAAAUUAUUUCAACUUGGGCUUACACGUGUCAAUGAAUAUGGGCAAUAUUUUUAUGCCCGUGUAUUUUCACAUUUAAUAAAAAUAUUUAUGGUCAUAUUCACUA